UAUUUGUUUAUUGCUUAGACUUUGAAAAAUUUCGAUGAGUAGCCUUCAGUAAAAUCCUUACUUUUCUUGAACGAAAAUAGUUAUCGACCUCGGCCAUGUCUUCUUUGAUAAAUUAGAAGUUAGGCUAUCUUUUCAUUAUAUUACAGUUAGGAAAGCAUAUUGCUCUCGAACUAUCUAUUCUUACGUUCUUUCAUUGCUGCUCUAUCUAACGAUGAGGUGGAGAUGGGAUAACUAUGUACAACUCGAGUUUCUGGUAUCGCAAAGAUCAGCAAGAUUGGAGUCCUUUUUUAAUGUAAAUGUUUUGAGAAUUGGUCAGGCAAAGACUUCGCAAUAAGUCUAUACUCAUAUUGAUUAUUGUGAUUUGCCAUGUCACUCACUUGAAGAUAGGAAAUACAAUUAAUAGUUUUUGAUUCUAGUUUCAUAUCUGUCUAGUUUGUAAAUAUAUAAAAUUAUCUCAAAAUCAUAAAUAUUAAAUUCAACAGUAAUUCAAAUUUUAAAAUUCUUUUUUCAGGUAAAUCAAGUUUAUUACCAGCUCUCUUGAUUGCUGAAGGUUAUGAAAAAGUCAUUGUUACUCAACCUCGUCGAUUACCUUGUACAGCAAUUUGUAACCGUGUUAAUGAAACUAUGACAAAAAACAGAGAUAGAUUUACAAUUGCUGGAUGGGCUGUUAGUGGUGCUGAAGACAAUGUCACUGCUCAAAUUUUAUAUUUAACAGAUGGCUUAUUAAAAGAACGUCUAUUACAUGAUGAAAGUUUUAUUAGAAACCCAAAUAAUAAUAAUAAGCCUAUUGUAUAUUUUCUCGAUGAAGUUCAUGAAAGAUCUGUGAAUAUUGAUCUUUGUUUAGCAUUAUUUGCUCGUCUUCUUACAGAAAAACCUGAUCUUAAAUCAAAAGUCAAAAUAAUUAUUUCAUCGGCUACAUUAGACUCAACAGUACCUAAAUUGUUUCGCCAAAUACCUCAAUUAAAAUUUGAUGAAUUUCACAUGCCAAACUUAGGAACAUUAUAUACUGUAACUAAAAUUGAACGACCUAAUCAAAAUAUAUUAGACUUAGUACAAGAGUUAUGUAAAACAAAACAAAGAUAUGAUCAAAUAUUAUGUUUUGUUAGUAGUGUAGCAGAAGUAAAUCAAUGUUGUCGUCUCUUGCAAGAAAUUAGUCAUGGAACAAUAAUUGCUUUUCCAUUAAUUCAAUCUCAAUCAGCAGUUGAUCAACAAAAUAAUAUUGAACAAGGAAGUAUUUUCUUUUCAACA